UCCAUCGCCAAGAGACGCGAGUAUAUGAAGAGGCUCGCUCUCCAAGACUUCAGAUGGAUGGUCGAUCACCUCCCUCCGAGCAGCAGCCAGCAGCCUCUUCUCUUGGCGACUCACUUGGCAGUACACACAUACACAUACACACACACCUCUCUCUCACUUGGCAAGCCAAACUCGUGUGUGACAAACCCUACCAAGCAAGAAACGCUCCCUCUCUCCCGUCAGUCUGCCAAGUAUGAGAGUCGUCUCGUCCCUCCUCGCCGGCCUGGUGGCCGCCGCCGCCGGCGCCCUCGCCUUCUCGCCCGAGAUCCCAGCCGGCGUGCCGCGCAACGUCCAGGAGUUCCGCGACAAGCACCCCUUUGAGAAGCGCGCCCCGGACUGCCACCGCAAGACCUUUACCCUCCGCGCCUCCGAGGACGACCUCGACGACGUCUCGGACGAGUUCCUCGAGGGCCUCAAGAAGGCCAACGGCGGCGGCACCCUCUACCUCCCGGCCAACCAGACCUUCAUCAUCGGCAAGCCGCUCGACCUGACGUGGCUCAACGACGUCCACGUCCACUGGGAGGGCGAGAUCAAGUUCACCAACGACACCCCCUACUGGCAGGCCAACGCCUUCCGCCACCCCUUCCAGAACUCCAUCAUGUUCUGGAAGUGGGGUGGCAAGGACGUCAAGCUGUACGGCGAGGGCGUCCUCAACGGCAACGGCCAGCGCUGGUGGAACGAGUUUGCCGGUCUUGAGAUCCUGGACCCGACAAACGCCUACCUCCGCCCCAUCCUGUUCUAUGCGGAGAACGCAACCGGCUUGGCCAUCGAGGGCAUUCAUUUCAAGGACUCGCCCUGCUGGACGACCUUUAUCGUCACUUCCAAGGACAUCUCCUUCACCGAUGUCAUCGUCACGGCAGAGACCAACAACCACACGGCCGAGCCCAAGAACACCGACUUCUUCGACUCGCUCAACGUCGAGGACGUCCGCGUCAAGCGCGCGUGGGUCAACAUCGGCGACGACUGCUUCUCGCCCAAGUCCAACGCGACCAACAUCCACGUCGACACCAUGUACUGCAACGGCACCCACGGGCAGUCCAUCGGGUCCCUCGGCCAGUACGCCGGCGAGAAGAGCUUCGUGCAGGACGUCGUCAUCGAGAACGUCUGGAUGCUCAACGGCCAGCACGGCGCCCGCCUCAAGACCUGGGCCGGCCCCAACAUCGGCUACGGCUUCAUCGACAACGUCACCUUCCGCAACUUCUGGCAGGCCAACAACGAGUACACGGCCUUCAUCGACUCGUGCUACUUCAACAUCAACGCCUCCACCUGCGCCGCCUACCCCUCGCGCAUGAACAUCAGCAACAUCCUCUUUGAGAACUUCUCCGGCUACACGAGCGGCAAGUACGGCCGCGCCGUCGCCAAGCUGACGUGCUCGACCAACCCGAGCGCCGUCUGCGACAACAUCCAGUUCCGCAACUUCAACAUCACCACCCCCUGCGGCGGCGACCCCGUCAUCCUCUGCGACGGCGUCAAGGGCGGCAUCGGCAUGCCCUGCAUCCCCUCCAACAGCACCGAGGCCAAGGCCGCGCUGGCGGCCAAGUGCACGGCGCCGUUGGCCGUGGCCACGCCUUGGAAGGUCAGGCCUUUUGAUAAGUAGUAGUCUGUAGAUUGGGAUGGUAGGGAGAGAGUGUUUGCCUUUUUGUGUUAGUGUGACAGAGAGAGAGAGAGAGAGUGUGUGUGUGUGUGUGAGGGCGUAAGUCGCCAAGCAAGCGACGAAUUUGUUUGCUUACGGGUCAAGAAAACACAGACGUGGAAUGGGCGACUUUUUUCUUUUGAAGACUUCUAAAGAAAAAAAGACAAGAAAAACGAGUAGAUUCAUGUAAAUACUAAAUAGCCCAUGUGUAUAUAUGUAUAUAACAUCCAGACUAUCGGUGUCAAUCUGUUCAU